CGCGACAUGCCAUGCCAUGACAUGGCGGUGGGCGGUGCCGGGGGCGGGGUAUUUAUCUACGUAGGUAGUACCUCACCAUAGGUAGGUACCUACCUUGAUCCCCUCCCGUUACUCUUUCCUUCUCUCUUCGUUCGCCUCUCUCCUGCCCUCUCCUGUCCUCUCUCCUUCAUCCAAGCCGCCAUGGCCUCCCCCACGCCCCCCACCCACCCCGCCGCCUCCGCCGACGACACCACCACCAUACCACUAGGGCAGUACCUCUGGGCCCGGAUCCGCCAGCUCGGCACGCGCAGCGUCAUCGGCGUCCCCGGCGACUUCAACCUCCAUUUCCUGGACCAUAUUGCGCUGGUGCCGGGGCUGCGCUUUGUUGGUGCUGGCAAUGAGCUUAAUGCUGCUUAUGCGGCUGAUGGGUAUGCGCGCGCCGCAAGCUCUGCAAGCUCCGACUCCUCCGCCUCCCCCCCAGGCGUCCUCGUAACCACCCACGGCGUCGGCGAGCUCAGCGCGCUCAACGGCGUCGCGGGCGCGCACGCCGAGCACAUCGCGGUCGUGCACGUAGUCGGGCAGACGCCGCGCGCACUGCAGCGCUCCCGCGCAUGCAUCCACCACGGGCUGAGCAGCGAGGCGCCGGGGCCGGACCACCAGGUGUACGCGGGCAUGAGCGAGAAGGUGCGCAUUGCUGCGGCCAAGCUGUGGGAUGUGGACGAUGCGCCGACGGAGAUCGACCGCGUGCUCGCUGCUUGUGUCCGUGGGAGGAGGCCCGUGUACGUCUUCUUGCCGCUGGAUUUGAGCAUGGAGCGCGUGCCGCGGGCGCUGCUGGAGCGGCCGCUGGAUCUCGCGCCGCCGGAGGGGGAUGCGGCGGCGGCGGCGGCGAUGCUGGACGAGGCUGCGAACGCGAUUCUGGAGUUGUUGGGGAAGGCGAAGAAGGCGGCCGUGUUUGUCGACGUGCUCACGGCGCGGCAUGGUGGUGCGGGCGCGGCGAGGCGGCUGAUACGGCGGCUGGGGCUGCCGGUGUUCAGCUCGAACAUGGGGAAGGCGAUUGUCGACGAGACGGACCCGCUGUUCGUGGGGUGUUUGAACGGAAGGAUGGGGCGGGCGGGCGUGUUUGAGCGGCUGCAGGAGGCGGACCUGGUCAUCUUGCUGGGGGAUCUGCCGGGGGAUACGAACACGGGGUUUUUUUCGAGGGGGUUGGGGGACGAGAGGACGGUGUUUGUUGGGCCGUUUGAUGUCAGGAUCAACGACAAGACCUACGCCCCCUGCCCACUCGCGCCCCUCCUCACGCGCCUCCUCGCCCUCAUCCCCCCCACGUACACCCCACCCACACCGGCAUUCACGCCGCUCGCACCCGCACCUCCCUCACCCACACCCGCCCCAACAGCACCCCUCGCGCAAGCGCACCUCUGGCCCCUCAUCGCCGCCCAGCUCCUCAAGCCCCACGACAUCGUCCUCGCCGAGACAGGCACCGCCUCGUUCGGCCUCGCCGACACGCUCUUCCCGCCGCACGUGCAGUGGCAUGCGCAGAGCUACUACGGGAGCAUUGGGUGGGCGACGGGCGCGGCGGCGGGCGCGGGCGUCGCUGUGCAGGACGGGUUGGCCUUGCCCCAGGCGGAGGGCGGAUCGCCCCUCGUGGCGGAGGGGAGGGUGGUGCUCGUGACGGGCGACGGCAGCUUCCAGCUCGCCAUGCAGGAGGUGGGCACCAUGGUCAAGCACGGGCUGCCUGUUGUGAUAGUGCUGGUGAACAACGGGGGGUAUACGAUCGAGCGGAUUAUUCAUGGUGCGGGGCAGGCAUACAACGACAUCAACCCCGCCGCGUACGCGCACCUGCUGCCGCUGUUCCGGCACCCGGCGCCGAGCUCGCAUUAUCGGCGGUGCAGCACGUUUGGGGAGCUGUCUGCUGCGCUCAAAGAGAUCGAGGCGGCGACGGCGGCGGCGACGCAGGAGCCGUCCGCGGCGCAAGAGACGCAGGAUGCUGGCGCGGGGACGGAGAGGCCAGAAGGGGCAAGGCAGCAGAACGUCCAGCUCCUGGAACUCAUCACCGACAAGCUCGACGUGCCGUGGCGGCUCAUGGAGACGAUCAAGUCGAUUGGGCCGCACAAGGUUGCCGAGUUGGAGAGGGAGGGGUUUGCUGUUUAGGCUUGCUGUUUAGGUUAUGUUUUGGUUUUUAGGAAAGGG